AUGCGCCAUAAUAUCAGCAUCAAUGGCGUGGACGUUAUCGCGAGAGGGGAUAUGGAUGAGAAUGGAGAUUUUGCAGAGGCAAAGGAUGUCGGGGAGGAGGUUGUCAUCGAGGAGUUUGAGGCGUUCGAUGAGAAGCUUAGGAAGAGGGUUGGGGGAUGGUUGAGCGGAGGGAUAGGCUUGUUGAGGAGAUUAGCAGGCAUAGGAGGGAGACGGGGGCGAAGGCGGCGAGGAGGUGGGAGGAGGAGUGGGGAGGGGGAGGAGUUGGAGAGGGCGAGGGUGGUUGGCUUGGAAGACGGAGAGGUGGAUGUGGGUGGGGUGGAGGCGUUGAAGAGGCAGGAGGAGGUGGAGAAGAAUUGGGGACGGGCGGUAGAGGGUUGGGCGCUUUGA